AUGUCGAAAUUAGAAACAACAACCAAACCUGAACGACCACUCAAGUAUCAGAUUGUGUCGAAGAAGAAGAAAGAGGAACAAGCCGCCCGCAUACCUAAGGAAUGGCUAAUCAGCAACUUGACGUCACCGGACGUCACAAAUUAUAUCGAUUUGCCUCGCAAGUGUGGACUGUUAAGCAGUGAAGAGCUGCGGAUCACCGAGCAAUUCGAUGCGACUGCGUUGGCCGAAGAAAUCAGAGAGAAAAGGUUGAAGUGUGUUGAUGUUGUGAGAGCAUUCUGCAAGCGCGCAACCAUCGCCCACCAGCUCACAAACUGCCUGACAGAAAUCUUCUUCACGGAUGCCCUAGAAAGAGCAGCAGAACUAGACGCCCACCUCGCCUCCGGAAAGCCCCCUCUAGGCCCCCUCCACGGCGUCCCAGUAUCACUAAAAGACACGUUCAAAGUCCGCGGCUAUGAUUCUUCCACAGGCCUCGCCAGCCUGGCCUUCAAUCCCGUGACGCAAAACUCUGUCCUCGUAGACAUCCUACUCAACUCGGGAGCAGUACUGUAUUGCAAGACCAACGUGCCCCAAACGCUCCUAGCAUUCGACACCCACAACAACGUCUUCGGCCGCACCAUCAACCCCCACAACACCGCCGUAACCGCAGGCGGGAGUUCCGGCGGCGAAGGCGCACUAAUCGCCAUGCGCGGCAGCGUACUAGGCGUCGGCUCCGAUCUGGGCGGCUCGAUCCGCAUCCCCGCCAUGUGCAACGGCAUCUUCAGCAUCAAGCCCAGCUGGGAGCGGAUCCCCUACGCCAACGGCAUCCACGCCGGCGCCAUGAAAGUCAGCAUCCCACCCUCCGCCGGCCCCAUGGGCCGCUCCAUGCGCGACAUGGAACUCUUCUUCCGCGCCGUCUCCCUCCAAGAACCAUGGACACUCGACCCGGACGUCACACCCUUACCAUGGAACAUCCUCCCCGCGACCUCCCCGCCCCGCAAACUCCGCAUCGGCAUCGUACGCCACGACGGAAUCGUCACCCCCCACCCGCCCAUCUCACGCCUCCUCGACACCGUAAAAACCGCCCUCACAUCCGCAGGCGUAGAAACAAUCGCCCUCGACAUCGCCCCCCUCCUCACGCAAUGCAAACCCCUCUUCGACACCCUCCACACAGUCGAAGGCGGAAACGCAAUGCUCGACCUGAUCGAAGCCGCCGACGAGCCACUAUCCCCCUGGCUGCAGUCCCGUUUCCAGCGCCAGCCGCCCAAGGAUCUUCUCGAGGUGCAGAAACUGCACGCUAAGAGGGAUGUCCUUCAGAAGGAGUUUUUACAAGUGUGGAAUAGUCAGCAUGGGGAUGUUGAUGCGUUUUUUUGCCCUGUGGCGCCGCAUCCGGUGCCCCCGGUUGAUAGGUAUGAUUUUAUUAAUUAUACGAGUGCGUUUGUGUUGUUGGAUUGUGCGGCGGGGGUUGUGCCUGUGAAGAUGUUUGGCGAGCAGGACUUAAGGGGUGAGGUGGAGGGGGAGGUGUUGGGGGAGUGGGAUAGGGUGAAUAGGGGGUUGUGGACGGGGUUCGAUCGCAGGGUUUAUCUGGGCACGCCGCUUUGCGUGCAGGUUGUUGCGCCGAGCUUGCGCGAGGAGGUCCUGGUUGAGGCUAUGCAGGUUAUUGAUGAGGCGGUGAAGAUGGCUGGGUGUGGGAAGGUGGGUGCUAAGCUUUGA